AUCUACCUCAACCCAGAGUGGGUGCAUUGCUUCAGCGACAGAGAUCACCAUCACCAUGAACCUCAAAUCCGUUCGCCCUUCUUCUUCGUCCUCUUCCUCCUCAUCAUCCGGGUCCACCGCCAAGGUAUGGAUCGUCCACGGACUCGUCGCCGGAGUUGCCAUUGCCGCGGCCAUUGGCGCCAGGGCCUACCUGGGCCCAAUUAGGAAGUUCCGGAGCCGGGUUGUCGGCAUCAUACCCGCCCGUUAUGCUUCGUCAAGGUUUCAGGGGAAGCCUCUCGUUCAGAUCCUCGGAAAGCCCAUGAUCCAGAGAACAUGGGAGAGGGCGAAAAUGGCAUCUACAUUGGAUCAUAUUGUUGUGGCGACGGAUGAUGAGAAGAUAGCAGAAUGCUGUAGAAGUUUUGGAGCUGAUGUCAUAAUGACCUCAGAGUCAUGCCCUAAUGGCACUGAGCGUUGUUAUGAAGCCAUUCAAAAGCUUGAGAAGAAGUAUGAUGUAGUUGUCAAUAUUCAGGGAGAUGAGCCUCUUGUUGAACCAGAGAUAAUAGAUGGGAUUGUUAAAGCUCUGCAGGAAGCCCCGGAUGCAGUGUUUAGCACCGCAGUCACGUCCUUAAAACUUGAAGAUGCAUCUGAUCCGAAUCGAGUGAAAUGUGUGGUGGAUAAUAAUGGUUAUGCCAUCUAUUUUUCAAGGGGGCUGAUCCCAUUUAACAAGUCAGGCAAGGCCAAUCCGCAGUUUCCAUAUAUGCUCCAUCUAGGAAUUCAGAGCUAUGAUACAAAGUUUCUAAAGAUAUAUCGAGAGCUGAAGCCCACUCCUUUGCAACUAGAAGAAGAUCUGGAGCAGCUUAAAGUCCUUGAAAAUGGUUAUAGAAUGAAGGUGAUCAAGGUCGACCAUGAGGCUCAUGGUGUUGACACCCCUGAAGAUGUUGAGAAGAUAGAAGCUUUAAUGCGUGAGAGAAACAUCUCCUAAGUUCCUGGUGAAGUGGUAGUGCAUCAAAACAUGAUAAAUGGAGUUAUAACUUUUCUAGGCACACUUAUCAUGUUCAUAGUUGUAAUUAAGCAUCACAUUGGAUUUGCUACCGUGCUGGCUUGUAACAUCAGUACAUACAGCUGUCUAGUUAAAUAUCAAGGACGGGGAAAGCUAUAUGAUUAGUGUUAAUACAGAUCCCCCUGUAUAUCGAUUUGGUUUUGCUUUAAGGAAAAGAGAAUGAUUUAGUUUUGGAUUCGGCUCAUUAGUUGCUAAGUUCGGAGAUUUAUAUGACGGUUAGUUAAACAUUCUACAUUUUAACACUUGUAUCUCUAGUUUGUGUCAUUCCUCUGUUUGUAAUUUAACUUGUGGUAAUGUAGUUUC